CGCUCAAAAUCUCAUUGAUGUUUGUAACGUUUCAUCUGCCGACAACGCUGGCAGAUGAUUGGUCACAGUCGUGUGCCUCAAAUUGUACCUGCAAAUGGACCAAUGGCAAAAAAUCCGCCAUAUGCAGUUCGCUGCAGCUGACGACGAUACCGACAACGUUGAGCACCGAACUGCAGGUGCUGGUGCUGAACGAUAAUCAUAUACCAUAUCUGAAUCGGGAAGAAUUUACAAAUUUAAAUCUAUUGAAUUUGCAAAGAAUCUAUUUGAAAAAGUCGGAGGUGCAAUAUGUCCACAAGGAGACAUUUAAAGAUCUUAAGAUAUUGGUGGAGAUUGAUUUGUCGGAUAAUAAAAUUGAAAUGCUCGACAAGGAUACGUUUAUGGGAAAUGAUCGUUUGAGAAUAUUGUAUUUGAAUGGAAAUCCGUUGAAAAAAUUGGUGGCUUAUCAAUUCCCCAUUUUGCCCCAUUUGCGAACGCUGGAUUUACACGAUUGUCUGAUAUCGUACAUCGAUCCCAUGGCAUUGGCGAAUUUAAAUAUGUUGGAAUUUUUAUAUUUGAAAAAUAAUCUACUGGAGAGUUUGAGUGAAUAUGUCUUCCAACAUAUGGCGAAUUUGAAAACGUUGGUUUUGGAUGAGAAUCCAUGGCAGUGUAAUUGUAAAUUGAGGAAAUUCCGAAGCUGGUAUGUGAACAGUAGAUUGAAUAGUGUGAGUCUGCUGUGCAAGGGACCACCUCAACACAAGGAUCGCACCUGGGAUCAGGUGGAGGAGGAACAAUUCGGUUGUGGCCCGAAGGUGGAGAUAUUCAACAAUGAAGAUGUUCAGAAUAUUGAAAUUGGAAGCAAUACCACCUUCAGUUGUCUGGUCUAUGGAGAUCCACUGCCGGAAAUCACUUGGGAAUUGAAUGGGAAAAUUCUCGAUUCCGAUAAUGUUAUGUUUGAGGCGGAAAAUGUGGCCUCCGAUAAGUUAUGGAAUAAUUUGACAGUUUUCAAUAUGACCAGUUUAGAUGCGGGAACAUAUGUUUGCACUGGCACGAAUGUAGUGGGUGUGGCAUCGCAGAAUAUUAGCAUUUAUUUGACAGAAAUCGUCCAACAUGUUUUGGUCAAGACACCGGAAACUUUUUGGUAUUUUGGUCUGAUAAUGGGCACAUUUGGAACUGUUUUCCUCUUGAUUUUGAUUUCAUUUGUUGUCUGCCUUUGCAAGAGAACCACACGCCAGCGUAGGCAUCCCAGCAAGACGGGCGUGAAACCCAGUGUCAGUUUUAAUGACCAGGAGAAAAAGCUGCUGGACUUGAGCAUCACAACCACCACCAAUGAUCGGGUGGACAGCUGCCUGGAUAACAAUCACAGUACCGCCACUGCCAUGAGUAAAGCUGAAUCGGUAAUAGGCUUUGAACCUAUCGAAAUCCAUUCGGUGGAUAAUCAUCGCAACAAUGUCCACAAUCAUCAUUCCCUGAUGAUGGGUGGUGGCCACCAUCAGAUGACCCAUCAGCAGCAAUUGCAACAACAUCAUUCGCAUAUGCCAGCCACAAGUGUGGCGGGAGCUACACGCCAGCAACAGCUUAUGGCCGUGGCAGAUGGCUCAUGUAGUGUUGUGGGCAUACCCACGUCCAUGGCCUCGGCUGUGUCCGCCGCUCAUCACAAUCAAAUUCCCGAAGAAUUUCCCCUAAAUGUUGGCGUUUUUCCACCCCCACCAGAAUUCUGUUCCAACAUUGUACCAAAUCCAGCCUAUGGCAAUAUAUUUAUAAGCGUCUCUGUUACUCAGGACAUGUUGGAUGGUACCGAUAUCAGCAUGUAUCCGGAUCUGUUAAAUAUACCCAAGAGAAUACAAGAUAAUCCAGGGGCAGCCAUAACCAUGGGUGGCGGUGGAGGUAACAGUGACACCCUAUCGCCACCACCACCGUCAUCAUCCUCUGGUGGUGCAGGAGGAGCUGCAGCAGCUGUUGCCAACAACAGUUCCUCCAUGGUUAAUGUCACGUCGUUUGCCACCCUGCCUCGUAAUACUCAGCGAAGAGGUAUCCUCAAAAAAGACUCAUCACUGCAGCAACAGCCACAGUUGCCGCAAACAAAUCUCUAUACGCAUGAUGAAAUUGUAUCCUAUCACAAUUUGGAUACCACCUACAGCCAGGGCUAUCAGGAACAUCAAACGGAACUAAUUGGGCUGCCACCACCUCCACCUCCCCCCUCAGUUAAAUGCCAUCACAGCCAGCAGCAACAAACAACGCAGCAGCAACAGCAACAGUCCAGCAAUGCUACCUCCAAACCUUGUAGCGGUUGUAUGUCUGCCGCCCUACAAGCUCCUGGAAGUGCCUGUGCUAGCCCGCCCAUUGAUGCCACACCCCUGCGACCGUUGUGCAAACAAACAUCGGGUGCCUUGGGUUGCCUUAAAUACGACAACAUGGGUCGACGCAUUACAGCCAGUGGCAAUUCAACCCUUUCGUUGCCCGACGAAGAACGUCUGGAAAGUGAGACCCUCUUCAAUGAGGGUAAUCCCCUGACAAAAACACCCGCCACCAAAGUCCAUCUUUCGGGUCAACAGAAUUCUACACAAAAUAAAACACAAGACUGCCAACAGCAAGCCGCGGUAACGGGCGGCACAGCGACAACAGGAACAGUGAGUUCGGGACAAGCGAAGAAUUCGAAUAGCAAAAGCCACCAGGAUACGGGGAAUGAAUUUGUAUCGCUCUAGUAUUACGGGACCCAGGUGUAA